AUGCGGACCACCAAACGCGGGUCGACAUGGCCCGUCGGAUUGGUCGGCGGAAGGACGUGGGAGGGCUGCGUUACUGACUGCAAAAACAAAAGCAAAAUCGUUCGCUUUGUGGUCAGUUUCCGUCCAACACGCAAAUUCCCAAUCGACAUGGGUGCCUUUGCUUUCAACGUGGAUCUGCUGCAUACCCAUCCUAAUGCCUCCUUUGAUUACACCCAUACGGAGCUACAGGAGGGCCUGAUUCUUUCCCAGUUGGGAUUCGAAUCUGCCUUUGAUUUAGAACCUAAAGCCAACGGGUGUUCUGAGGUGAGUUGCUUAUAG